AUGUCUACCGAUGCUGCCGAAAGCGACAGUGAAAUUCAGUCUCGGAGUCAACAAAGUCCCCUCGCCUCUCAACGCGCAAAGGCCGAGAAUCCAAGGCGCAGUAGGUUUGAGAAUCUAUUCCCUCUGGGCUAUAAACAAGGAUUUUCGCAGUGGUGGUCUGCCCUUCCCGCUGCCCAGGCUGAACACAAAGUUCUGUCUUUCAUACCAUACCUUCAGUCGCCGCCAACACACACUCAGACUGGCUCAGAGCCACCUUCAGUCAACCCUUCCACACUCUCCCUAAAUCCAUCUGACGAUUCCAAAGCCGCCCCUGUCACUACGAAUUCCAUUACCGAUCCUCAUGGUCCUCGCACAUGGUACUCUCGUAUGGUGCCCUUGUCGGGCAAAAGCCGCGCAUUAAACGAAUUCUCUGUCCAACGAACUGGUGAAGUCGUAGAGAACAAUCUUGUCAUCAUCCACGGCUAUGGUGCCGGUCUUGGCUUCUUUUAUAAAAACUUUGAGCCUCUAUCGAGAGCUCCAGGCUGGCAGCUUUAUGCGCUCGAUCUGUUAGGGAUGGGGCGAUCAUCACGGCCACCUUUUAAACUCCAGGGUAAAACCAGGGAACAACAGAUCUCGGAAGCCGAAGACUGGUUCAUUGAUGCUCUCGAAGAAUGGCGCAUUAAGAGGAAUAUCGACAAAAUGACGUUGGUGGGUCACAGUAUGGGUGGCUACAUGGCCGCCUGUUAUGCCUUGAAAUAUCCUGGAAGACUUAAUAAGCUCAUCCUUGCUUCUCCUGUUGGAAUUCCUGAGGAUCCCUAUGCUACUCAAGCUGCCAUGCCAGAGCCAGCAGACUCGACUCUGCAGAAUGAAUUCACCCAGGACCAAGCUACAGAAACAGUCAAAUCUCACUCGGAUAAUAAUAACUUUUUGAACGCUCGCAAGAAGGCCGAGAAGGAGCAGCAGAAAGCUAAUCCUAAUCGUCUUCCUGUCCAGGGUGAUUCUGAUGACGAACAGCCCGCCCCGCGUCGGCCGCUACCAAAAUGGUUAACGUAUCUCUGGGAUGCGAACAUCAGCCCUUUUAGUUUUGUUCGUUGGUCUGGACCCCUGGGACCCCGGUUGGUGUCUGGGUGGACAAGUCGACGCUUCAGCCAUCUUCCACCUGAAGAAGCCCUGGCUUUGCAUGAUUAUAGUUACAGCCUCUUCCGUCUCCGCGGUAGUGGAGAAUAUGCAUUGGCCUACAUCCUCGCUCCAGGAGCUUUUGCCAGAAGUCCUUUGAUUAGGCGGGUACAUGGAAUCGGAAGACAGGCUUUGAAACACGAUCAGUCAUCAUCUACUGCUACCCAUGAGAACGGCAUCCCCGUCGUACUCAUGUAUGGUGAGAAUGACUGGAUGGAUGUCAAAGGAGGGUACGCUGCUAAGAAAGCCAUCGAUGCGGAACGUUCGCGGAUCCUCAAAGGCAAGUCUCAACAAGAGAUUGAUGAAGACCAGGGCGGUGCAAAAGUUGUCAUCAUCAAGAAAGCCGGUCACCAUGUCUAUCUCGACUCACAUGAAGAGUUCAACGACGUCAUGCUUGCAGAAAUGGAGGAUGUAAGGAAACGAAAUGCGGGCCAGAGAAAAGGUGGAGCAGGCGGUGUUCAGGUUGUGGAAAGAAAAGAAAACGACUCAGCUUGA